CACGUGAUCCAGGCACAGAUCAGCUGAUGCUGGAGUGUUUGAAGCCGCGCGGCGAGGGAGCGAAGCCGGGGUGACAGCGACAGGCUCUCGGACCCAGGCUGCCCGCGAUCUUGCCUGCCGGCGUCCCGCGUUCCCCGGCUCAGCAUGGCAGCCCCAGUGGGCCGGUGCGGCUCAGAGACUGAGCGGCUGUUGACCCCCACCCCUGGGUAUGGUACCCAGGCAAGGUCUUCAUCGGCCCCUCCAACACCCCCGGAAGAGGAAGACCUUCGCCGUCGCCUCAAGUACUUUUUCAUGAGUCCCUGUGACAAGUUUCGAGCCAAGGGCCGCAAGCCCUGCAAGCUGAUGCUGCAGGUGGUCAAGAUCCUGGUGGUCACUGUGCAGCUCAUCCUGUUUGGGCUCAGCAAUCAGUUAGCAGUGACAUUCCGGGAAGAGAACACUAUUGCCUUCCGACACCUCUUCCUGCGGGGCUACUCAGAUGGGGCAGAUGACACCUUUGCCGCCUACACACGGGAGCAGCUAUACCAAGCCAUCUUCCAUGCUGUGGACCAGUACCUGAUGCUGCCUGACGUGUCCCUGGGCCGGUAUGCCUAUGUCCGGGGUGGGGGUGGGCCUUCCGUGAAUGGCUCCGCAUUGGCUCUCUGUCAGCAGUACUACCGCCAUGGCCACGUGGACCCAGCCAAUGACACCUUUGACAUUGACCCAAUAGUGGAAACUGAGUGCAUUGGGGUGGACCCUCCUGAGCGACCUCUCCCACCCCCCAGUGAUGAUCUCGCUUUCUACGUUGGCAGCUCCAAUUACAGGAACCUCACUCUCAAAUUCCACAAGCUGAUCAACGUCACCAUCCACUUCCAGCUGAAGACCAUCAAUCUCCAGAGCCUCAUCAACAAUGAGAUCCCAGACUGCUACACUUUCAGUGUCCUGAUCAUGUUUGACAAUAAAGCACACAGCGGGCGUGUCCCCAUCAGCCUGGAGACCCAGGCCCACAUCCAGGAGUGUAAGCACCCCAGUGUCUUCAGGCACGGAGACAAUAGCUUCCGGCUUCUGUUUGAUGUGGUGGUCAUCCUCACCUGCUCGUUGUCCUUCCUGCUAUGUGCCCGCUCAUUGCUCCGUGGCUUCCUGCUGCAGAAUGAAUUUGUUGCAUUCAUGUGGCGGCAGCAGGGAAGGGUGAUUAGCCUGUGGGAUCGGCUGGAAUUUGUCAAUGGCUGGUAUAUCCUGCUGGUCACCAGUGAUGUGCUCACCAUCUCAGGCACCAUCAUGAAGAUUGGAAUCGAGGCCAAGAACCUGGCAAGCUAUGAUGUCUGCAGCAUCCUUCUGGGCACCUCGACUCUGCUCGUCUGGGUGGGCGUCAUCCGCUAUCUGACUUUCUUCCACAAGUACAAUAUUCUCAUUGCCACACUUCGGGUAGCCCUACCCAGCGUCAUGCGCUUCUGCUGCUGUGUGGCUGUCAUCUACCUGGGCUAUUGCUUCUGUGGCUGGAUUGUGCUAGGGCCCUAUCAUGUGAAGUUCCGCUCACUGUCCAUGGUAUCCGAAUGCCUGUUCUCACUCAUCAACGGGGACGACAUGUUCGUGACGUUUGCAGCGAUGCAGGCGCAGCAGGGCCACAGCAGCCUGGUCUGGCUCUUCUCCCAGAUCUACCUCUAUUCCUUCAUCAGCCUCUUCAUCUACAUGGUGCUGAGCCUGUUCAUUGCACUCAUCACCGGCGCCUAUGACACCAUCAAGCACCCUGAUGGCGCAGGUGCAGAGAAGAGUGAGCUCCAGGCCUACAUUGCGCAGUGCCAGGACAGCCCUACCUCUGGCAAGUUUCGCCGCGGUAGCGGCUCUACUUGCAGCCUCUUCUGCUGUUGUGGCAGGGACGCCUCAGAGGACCAUUCGCUGUUGGUGAAUUGACUCCACCAUGUCCAGACUUGCGGGGACCCACGCUUAUUUAUUUUUAGAGUUUGCUUUUAAGAAUGAACUCCCUGGCUCAGCACCCGUAGCACAGUGGUUACGGUUUCAGCCACAUACACUGAGGUUGGCCGAUUCGAACCUACCUCUGGGCAGUUAAGCAACAAUGACAACUGCAACAGAAAAAUAGCUAGGCGUUGUGGAGUGCGCCUAUAGUCCCAGCUACUUGGGAGGUUGAGGCAAGAG